AUGGUGCCGUCACCACCAACGACGGAUCGUCUCGAAAUUCCUGGCAGCAAACCAAGGUUCAGUGCUGGAAGCGAGGAGUCGAUUCGCCUUGGAUCGCGAGUAACGUUUACCGAUCAAACGGUGUCAUUUGAGAAUGGAGAAGUGGAGAAUGGCGCUCCGGUGCAAUUUGCCGUCGAAAAUGACAGCGAUCCGUCAACUGAGCGCGAGGAAUGGGCUAAUAAGAUGCAAUUUUAUAUGGGAGUUGUAUCCUAUGCUGUCGGCCUCGGAAACGUUUGGCGAUUCCCGUACCUGCUCCAGAAAAACGGCGGGGGCGCAUUUUUAUUACCAUACGUUAUUAUGAUGGUCGGUGGUGGCUUGCCAUUAUUUUUGAUUGAGCUCGGAUUAGGACAAAGAUUAAGAACAGGCCCGGUGGGAUGUUGGGCGGCAAUUCAUCCGUUUCUUGGAGGCCUUGGAGUUUCUGCGGCAAUUGUUUCAUAUUUGGUUGCACUUUACUAUAAUGUCAUUGUUACAUGGUGUUUGAACUAUCUGACGAUGUCAUUUGCAGCGGUUUUGCCUUGGGCGGAAUGUCCAACUGAGAAUGGAAAGAAAGUUGAUGAGUGCACUAAACAGUCCACACCGUCAUUCUUUUGGAAUCGCAAAGCUCUAGACACAACAAGCUCGAUUGAUGAGUUCGGAGGUUUCAAUUGGCGGAUCCUUUCGUAUCUCGGACUUGCCUGGUCUUUGAUUUAUUUAUGCGUUAAUAAGGGAAUCAAGAGCUCCGGAAAUGUUAUGUACGUGACGGCUAUAUUUCCUUACAUCGUCACGUUCAUGUUCCUGAUCAGAUCGGUGACACUUGAAGGAGCUAGUGAAGGAAUCGCUCACAUGUUUCAUCCAGAUAUGGAAAAAUUGUUGUCGCCGACGGUUUGGCUCGAAGCUGCCACUCAAAUUUUCUACUCAAUGGGCUUAGGAUUUGGUGGUCUUAUUGCGUUCGGCUCGUACAAUCCUAUUAAAAAUGAUUGCAAGAAAGAUGCAAUGCGACUUGCUUUGGUUAACGUUGUUACAUCGAUAUAUACCGCUGUCAAUGUGUUCUGCGUCCUCGGCUUCAUGGCAACCACUUCAAUGCGCGAGUGUAUUGAGAGGGACAUGCACACGAUGGCCACCAUAUACCCGGAAAUUUUCCCAACCUAUGAGGACGUUCGCCAAAAUUUCACCAACGAGCAAUAUCAAGAGUUGAUUGAUAACAAAUUUACUGGCGAUUUCACCAAAAUGGCUGCACACUCGGAAAUGUGCAAUUUUGGCAAGACUAUUGCAGAGGCAGCAGAGGGAACUGGCCUUGCUUUCGUCGUUUUUACAGAAGCUAUUCUUCAAUUCCCGAUUCCCUCAUUCUGGUCAAUCCUUUUCUUCCUCAUGCUUCUCAGUUUAGGAUUGGGAUCAAUGUUUGGAACUCUUGAGGGUGUAAUUACUUCCCUCAAUGAUUCAAAGCUGAUUACUGUCAAGAAGCCAGUGAUGACUUUCAUUCUCUGCCUUUCCGCUUUCAUUCUUGGUCUUCCGUUUGCCACUCGAGCCGGACAAUAUUGGGUUUCUCUUUUUGAUAGUUUUGCCGGAUCAUAUGCCCUUAUGUGUGUCGCCUUCAUCGAAAUUAUUGCUGUUGCCUACAUUUACACAGAGAAAAGAUUCUCUGAUGACAUUGAAUAUAUGACUGGAAGCCGUCCUGGACUCUAUUGGACUUUUACCUGGAAAUACGCAACUCCACUAAUCAUGCUCAUCUUGUUCGUUGCUUCUGUCGCUCAGCUCUUCUCCAAAUCGGUCACUUAUUUUGGAUAUGACGCGGAAAAAGGGAAGCAGAUUGAACUCGAAUAUCCCGCAUGGGCUAUGUAUAUUGCCGUCACAAUGGUUAUGGCCGCUAUUGCUCCGACUCUUGUUAUUUUGUUCCUCCGUUAUUUCCGAAUUUGGAAGUUCGAAACUCAAGUUCCACCGGCGGCGAAAUGUCUUAAUCCUACUCCAUCUGCCACCAUGAUUAAAAAUGAGCAAUCAUACAACAGAAUCACUGAAUCAAGCGUUUCGGUUUCGGAAUUGGAUCCUUUCACAUCGACCCCAGCUCCAAGCUCGCCAAAAUAA